AUGGGACAGGAUUCAACGGCGAUCACUCAAAGCAGUGGCUAUAAUGACGGCUGGGCUACCAUUAGCCCAUACAGUCCAAGUCCUUAUGAUGGCAGCCCAAUGACCGAAUAUUCGGGCUUUGGAACCUUUGUUCCUCCCGGUGUUCAUUCAGAUUCGAUGCCGAGAAUGCCACAGCAGGGGGGCCACCAACACCAACACCAGAUGAUGCACCAUUCAGCGACACCCAUGGGUCACCACCAACUUCCCAUGUUGAACACAACGUGGCCAAGUCAAUUAACGAAUCCAACUCCAUCGUCGGGGAGUUUUUCAGCUCCUGCUACAUCAAUCCCACCUGUUCCUCGGAUACCACGCGCCAUAGACACUCCUAAAUUACCUAGCCAAGCAGACAAGGGCCGGAAAACCUUGACAACGGAACAAAAGCGGGCCAUGUGUCAAUAUCACGAAGAGAAUCCCGGAACGAGACAAGCAGAUAUAGGUUUGAGGUUCGGGGUAGAAAGAAGCACUGUCUCGAAAGUUUUGAGGCACAAGGACCAAUAUCUCAGAAGAGAUCAAGAACCGGAUCCCGCCGCCCUUAAACGAAGCGGCAAAGCGAAGAACCCUGACUUUGACAGAACCCUGAGCAAUUACGUUCGUCGGCAGCAACAACGUGGGUUUGACAUCAAAGACGAAGAGAUUAUGGAGCAAGCUCGCCUAUUUGCCCAUGCUAGCGGAAAUCAAGAUGCUAUCCUUGGAAGCCUAACCAGCGGCUGGUUACAAAAGUUCAAACAGAAGCACGGGAUCGGUACUUCACGACUUUCCCGCCGAGCAUCUGAAACGAAUAUUGCCGACAGCACGCGCAUGCCUGAGCAUAAUCUUGUUAGGAAUGGCGCGACAUCGAAUGAUAUUUCGCCUGCAUCCCCAACUCAACCACUGUCGCCUUUGUCAGGAAGUCGGAGUGACGAAGAAGUUAAGCGAGAACAAAAUAUCGAUUACGACUUUGCCUAUAGACAGCAGCACUCGCAACCAACAACAUCACUUGCUACUGACAUUAGAGAUAAUCCCGGGUCGUCGUUUUCCGGUGGCACUCUGAGUCCGACUGGAACGUUCAAUUUCUCCCCUGAUCCUAACGCUGGUAGCUUUCAGCCGCUAGGGAUGCGCGCAGAGAUGCCGCCCGAAUUCCAUCGGGAGAAGCGAAGUAAUACCUUCCCUUCAAUAGAUGUCAGCUAUGGGAAUCAAGCAACCCCAGCAACAGAACCCAUGACCCCACAACUUCCUGCACCAACAACAGCGCCGUCAUCAGCUCUCGACUCACCAACGAAUGAUGGUCAAAUAGCGCAUUUCUCUAUCAACACUGGCCUUACCUCACCACCGGCUUUGCAUCGAACUAGCAGCAGCUCGAGUAUCGCAGCUCGAUCUUCCAGUAUAUCUUUGACGAACACGGGCGCCUCUAUGACGCCCGUCGACUCGUCCCCCGUAUCACCAUCCCAGGAAGAUGCUCGGCGCGCUGCGAACACAUUGCUCAGCUAUCUUCAUAAUAUGAGCUCCACUGGGCAGCUAUUUCAAGGUGACUAUCAGGCUAUGUUACAACUUACUAAGAAGCUGGAGAUUCAUCAACAUCAGAGCAACCGGCCAUCUGCAGGAGGACUGUCGAGGAUACCAGAAGGCGAUAAUGAAAUGAAUGCGACAGGGCCUGCAAUGAUGCAGGCUAGUUGA